AUUUCCCGGGGUGAGCCCUGGCACGCCGGCCGGACGCGCGGCCAGCCCCACCUGGACGCGGGCAGCUCCGGCCGCGGCCACUGCGGGAGGCCGAGGGGCGGGAAAGGCGCCGGGGCCCGGGGAAGUGUGUUGGGUCAUGUGGCUGCAUCACGUGGAGGCGGAGCCAGGCCCAGCUGCAGCCGCCUCAGUAGCAGGGGGAGACGGAGACGGGAGCCAGCCCCAGACGCUGGGCUGCGGGCGGGGGCAGGCUGAGGCUGGGGCUGGGGCUGGAGGGAAGCGGCCAGAGGGUGGCCGCCGCCUGCUCCGCGCCCGGGAGCGAAUGGGAAGAAUCCAGGAUGUCAAGGCUUUGAAGAAUAGACAUCUUAUUAGACUACCAUACUGAAGCUGAAAAGGCAGAUGCAGUUCCAAAUACAAGGUUGAGUGACCUUGUGUACACCGCGGGUAUGUAUAUACCCACAUACUUCCACAGCCACGCAGACUUGUUCUUGCAUAUUCCUGGAAAUUUCUCAAUCGAUGAAAAUUAAUUUAGGAACCAGAUGGAGCAACUUAACAGCACAGGGAUCAAGAGCCCACGGAAAGACACCUGCCACUAAUGGUCCGCUUUCCACAUGGUCUUCACGGGUGAAAAAGGUUUGCAAGAAGAGGAAGAAAACACCCUCUGCCACAGAACAAGCCUCAGAAAUACCUCCCACAAUCUAAAGGAAUAAUUGAGAGAGGCAGUGUGGGGAAGAAACUGACUUAGAUAAUGCAAACGGAACAAUGAACUGUCUUUGGCACAUUUUUUUGCAUUGAGCUCAGUAAACUGUAAUUGAGUUUAAUGUACUGGACUAAUAAAUGGUGACCAUUUAUUGUGUGGUAAUGACUGGAAGAAAGUAAGUUUAGGAACAAUGGGACAAGUUUGGGCAUUGAACUGACAAACCUCAUCCUCUGUAUUGAGUUAACCGGGUCAUUGAACAUACUUUGUCCCUUUCUUUUCUUUUCUGUUUUUGCUUAGUAUGAUAUAAACUCAUAAAUGUUGUUCAUCUAAAACCAUCAGAAGACUACAUACGUUUCUUUCAUGUACAGCUGCAAAUGUGGUCUUUUGGAACUAUGAAUCUGAGCUCUAGACAAGCCUCAAGAAGGAAGGAGCCCAUCAAACAAGGAAGGAAGAUAUCUAGGGAAAUAGUGAAACUGGGAAGUCAGAUUUCUAGUGCUGCUCCUCUUUUUGUUGAUUAUUUUUCUUCCUUCCUUGAAUCCUAGAAGGUUUGCAAAUGAGUGCUUUCUUGACGUGCUUUAAUUUUGGCACUUGUUUUUGCAGCAGGGUGAAAAGUCUGUGAUUCAUUUGUAGUAGGAAAAAGGGAAAAGUAAAAGAAAAACAGCCUGACGUGCAGCCCUAUUCUGUAGGAGAGAGAAUUUCAUGGCUCACCUGAGGCAAAUUUAUCUGCUCUAAAAUCUUUAGAGCAUUUUUGAUUCUGCUAAAUGAAAAGGGGUUUUCUUUUUCAUGCCCGUGUGGCAUUGAGAAGUGGGAAAGCAGGCGAGAUAGCAUGAUAAACAGUUCAGGUUGUGUUGGGUCUCUGGUGGAAAAAAGAGCUGCAAUGAAAAUAAGACUGUCUUUGGAUUGCAAAAACCAUUGAAUCCACUGCGUAGAUUAGCACUGAGAGGGAUUUCCCAUCUGGCCUGGCACGGUGGUGCCUGCCCAAGCUCGGAUCUGUUGUUUCGCACGGUUUGUGUGCCUUUUUUUCCCUUUAUGCAAUCUCUUUCAGCUUUAGCAGCAGAAAUUCGCUUGGUGGAGAAGUUAUGCCAGAGGGCAGCUGGGAAAGAUGAAUGUCAUAUCUCUCUCUCUCUAUAUAUAUAUAUAUAUAUCUCUACAUGUAUAUGUGUGCACAUGUUUAAAUUUCUGCGACUGAACUUUUGAAGAAAACCUGACUGGAGGAAAUCUUAAAGCCUUAAGUUACUUGAAAUCUACACAUUUGCAACUCUUUGUCUCUGGAAUUGCAUUACGCUAAACUGGAAUCUCAGGCUGUAUAAAGAUUAUAUCAAAUUGAGCAAAAAGACGACUUACCACACUUCUUGAGCGCCUCUUAUGAAGUAGCUGUUUCUCCAAAGGAUAAGUGCAUCCUCACUUUUAAUGACUCAAAGACAAAAGGAACCUGAUUUUUUUUUUAAGUGUUACUUUUUCUUAGCCAACUGCCAUUGUCUUUUAUAGAAGAAUUUUUCACUAUGCAUUUGGUGGAUAUUUAUAAACACUGACCCAUGUUCUCCCCUCCAAUGAUCUAUCCCAGGUCAGUCUUAUCAAUAAAAAAAAAUAGAUUUAAAUUUUGUGCACUAGACAUAUUACUUUCUUAUGUCAAAAAUUAAAGAUAAACAAAAGCAUGUAUGCAGCGGUGGAACAUGGGCCUGUUCUUUGCAGCGAUUCCAACAUCCUCUGCCUCUCCUGGAAAGGUAGAGUUCCCAAAAGCGAGAAGGAGAAACCAGUGUGCAGGAGGCGGUACUAUGAAGAAGGCUGGCUGGCAACAGGCAAUGGCAGAGGAGUUGUCGGAGUGACUUUCACCUCCAGUCAUUGUCGGAGAGACCGGAACACCCCUCAGAGAAUCAACUUCAAUCUGAGGGGCCACAACAGCGAGGUUGUAUUGGUGAGAUGGAAUGAACCAUUCCAGAAACUGGCAACCUGUGAUGCAGACGGAGGAAUUUUUGUUUGGAUUCAAUAUGAAGGCAGAUGGUCUGUGGAGCUUGUGAAUGAUCGCGGGGCACAGGUGAGCGACUUUACAUGGAGCCAUGAUGGGACUCAAGCUCUCAUCUCCUAUAGGGAUGGAUUUGUGCUGGUUGGUUCAGUCAGUGGACAGAGACAUUGGUCUUCAGAGAUUAACUUGGAGAGUCAGAUCACCUGUGGCAUAUGGACUCCUGAUGAUCAGCAGGUACUGUUUGGCACUGCUGAUGGUCAAGUUAUCGUCAUGGACUGCCAUGGCCGAAUGCUGGCACAUGUUCUCCUUCACGAGUCAGAUGGCAUCCUCAGUAUGUCUUGGAACUACCCCAGCUUCCUGGUGGAAGACAGCAGUGAAAGUGACACAGAUUCUGAUGACUACUCCCCACCGCAAGAUGGUCCAGCUGCAUAUCCAGUCCCGGUGCAGAACACCAAACCACUACUCACUGUCAGCUUCACAUCAGGAGACAUUAGUUUAAUGAACAACUAUGAUGACUUGUCUCCUACUGUCAUCCGCUCAGGGUUGAGAGAUGUAGUGGUGCAGUGGUGUACACAGGGAGACCUGCUGGCUGUAGCAGGCAUGGAAAAGCAAAGUCAGCUAGCUGACCUUGGUAGCAGUUCCAUUCUGAAAAGUGCACUCGUCAAGUUCUACAAUGUCCGUGGGGAACAUAUCUACACUCUGGAGACUCCUGUGCAGCGUCCCAUAAUCUCCAUUUGCUGGGGCCACAGGGACUCGCGCCUGCUCAUGGCUUCCGGUCCUGCACUCUAUGUUGUCAGAGUAGAGCACAGGGUCUCCAGCCUGCAGCUCCUCUGCCAGCAGACCAUCGCUAGCUCGCUGCGGGAUGACAAGGAUAUCAGCAAACUGACUCUGCCUCCUCGGCUCUGCUCAUACCUCACCACUGCCUUUAUACCAACAAUCAAGCCUCCUAUCCCAGACCCCAACAAUAUGAGAGAUUUUGUCAGCUACCCAACAGGUGGCAAUGAAAGGCUUCACUGCACGAUGAAGCGGACAGAAGAUGAUCCAGAGGUUGGAGGUCCAUGCUACACGCUGUAUUUGGAAUACCUAGGGGGACUGGUGCCUAUCCUAAAAGGGCGCCGAAUCAGCAAACUGCGGCCAGAAUUUGUCAUCAUGGACCCUAAAACCGAUGGAAAAGCAGAUGAAAUCUAUGGAAACAGCUUGAUUUCCACUGUGAUUGACAGCUGCAACUGCUCAGACUCCAGUGAUAUCGAACUGAGCGAUGACUGGGCUGCAAAGAAAUCUCCCAAAAUCACUCGAGCUAGCAAAUCACCCAAACUCCCCAGAAUUAAUAUAGAUGCCCGCAAAUCUCCAAAGUUGUCACGAGCUGCUCAGGAGAUAUCAAGAUCUCCAAGGUUACCAAUAAGGAAACCUUCUAUUGGUUCACCAAGCCUAACUCGACGAGAGUUUCCAUUGGAAGAUAUCACUCAGCACAACUACCUUGCUCAGGUCACAUCUAAUAUCUGGGGAACCAAAUUUAAAAUUGUGGGUUUGGCUGCUUUCCUACCAACUAACCUUGGUGCAGUGAUUUAUAAAACCAGUUUGCUGCAUCUCCAGCCCAGGCAGAUGACUAUUUAUCUCCCUGAAGUGCGUAAGAUUUCCAUGGACUAUAUUAACCUGCCUGUUUUCAACCCCAAUGUUUUCAGUGAAGAUGAAGAUGAUUUACCAGUAACUGGAGCAUCUGGAGUCCCUGAGAACAACCCCCCCUGCACUGUCAAUAUCCCUAUUGCUCCUAUUCACAGCUCAGCUCAAGCUAUGUCACCGACUCAGAGCAUAGGACUAGUCCAGUCCUUGUUGGCCAAUCAGAACGUGCAGUUAGAUGUCUUGACCAAUCAGACGACAGCCGUGGGGACGACAGAGCACAUGGGUGAUAGCGCAGUGCAGUACCCAGUCUCAAGCAGGUACUCCAAUCCAGGACAGGUGAUUUUUGGAGGAGUGGAAAUGGGGCGCAUCAUCCAGGCACCGCCUCAGUUAUCCCUGCAGUCGCAGGGUGCAAUACAGAUGGCGGUAAUGGAUCACAGAGACGGAGACAGAGACCACGAACACCACCAAAAGGCAAAAACUUUACGGCCAGUGCAGCAGCUGGCCGAAGGGGACGCUGUUGUCUUCAGCACUGCACAAGAAAUACAACUGAACAAAAUGAACCCGCCCCCUCCUUACCCUGGAACCAUACCAGCUGCUCCCACUGCACCACCACCUCCCCCACCCAUCCUGCCCCAGCCACCUAUGGAUCUCUGUCUGAAAAAGGGAGACUUUUCCCUUUAUCCAGCAGGACAUUAUCAGACCCCUCUUGGCUAUGAGCGAAUAACGACCUUUGAUAGCAGUGGGAAUGUUGAAGAGGUGUGCCGGCCUCGAACGAGGAUGCUGAACACUUAUACCCUGCCAGGUCCCGGCAGCUCUGCCACUUUAAGAAUUACAGCAACAGAGAAGAAAAUCCAGCAGCCCUGUUCCAGUGCUACCCUGAACAGGCUGACGGUUCCUCGUUAUUCUAUACCGACUGGGGAUCCACCACCUUACCCAGAAAUUGCCAGCCAGCUGUCACAGGGCCGUAGCAUCGCACAAAGGCUGGACAGUAGUAUUAUCCAUGCUACUCUGCGGAGGAACAGCAGAGAGGCAGCUCUGAAAAUGGCUCAGUUGGUCGACAGCCAAAGAGCCACUUUACAACAUCCACCAAAACCUAAGAGCAAUGUUGUGACAGCACAGUACCAGCAGAGGGCACCGACAGCUUUAUACACCUGUAGCCAAUGCAGCAGUAACAGCAACACAAAUAGCAGCGGCGGUGGGAACAUCAGUAAUGCCAACGCUAGUAACAGCACUUCCAGUAUAAGCAGUAUGAGGCCCGACGUAAUCCCUGGGAGCAGUUCCCAUCACAGCUCUGUCAUUGCUCACUCGGUCAGUACUUCGCCCUUGGCCUCCCAAUCCUCAUACAAUUUGCUGAGCCCACCUGAUAACUCUCGUGAUCGGACCGAUUAUAUCAACUCUGCCUUCACAGAGGAUGAGGCACUUUCUCAGCACUGUCCAGUGGAGAAAUCGAUAAGGCACAUGCCUGUAGCCUUGACAGAGGCUGCCGUUGGUGUGAAGCGGCCACCCCCAUACCAAUGGGAUCCUAUGGUGAGUGAGGAGAUAUGGGUUCCUCAGGAAAGGACAGCUCAAAGUUCAGUGCCCAAUCCUCUCAAACCUGCUCCCCUAAUUGGUCAAGCUCAGCAUCUUGAUAUGUCUCGAGUGCCAUUUGUUUCCCCCAAAUCUCCAACCAGUCCCACUGCCACUUUCCAGAUGAGUUAUGGGGUUGGAGUACCUUAUCCAGGAAGCUACAGUGCCCCUCCUCUCCAGGGAAUGCAGGCUCCCUGCUCCCCCAAAGAAGCUCUGGCCCCAACACAGUUUGCACAACAAGAGCCAACUGUAGUGCUUCAGCCAGGUUAUCCAUCUAACCUCUCCUAUUGUCCCUUGCCACCCAUGUAUCCAGGAAGUAGCACUUGUUCUAGUUUACAGCUGCCACCAAUAGCCUUGCACCCAUGGAAUUCCUACAGUGCAUGCCCACCUGUACAGAAUUCCCAAGGCAUUUUGCCCCCCAAGUCACUUCUUGUGGUGGAGAAGCCAGUUAUGUCUCCGCCGCCAGCAGAGCUUCAGGGUCAUGUGGGCACAGAAGUAAUGGUGGAGACAGCAGACACCUUCCAGGAGGUUCUCUCCCUCACAGAAAGUCCCAUUCCUCAACGGACAGACAAGUUUGGGAAAAAGAACCGGAAGCGCCUGGAUAGUCGAGCUGAGGAAGGAAAUGUACAGGCUAUCACAGAGGGCAAGGUCAAAAAGGAGGCAAGGACACUGACUGACUUCAACUCCCUAAUAUCCAGCCCUAGGCUAGGAAGGGAGAAGAAGAAAGUCAAGAGUCAGAAGGACCAGCUGAAGUCAAAGAAGCUGAACAAGACGAAUGAGUUUCAGGACAGUUCAGAAAGUGAGCCAGAGCUUUUUAUCAGUGGAGAUGAACUGAUGAACCAGAGCCAAGGCAGCAAAAAGGGAUGGAAAACCAAAAGGAAUUUGAGGACAGCCAGUGAGCUGGAUGAGUUCAAGUGCCGGAAGGCCAACGAAAAGGAGGAUGGGAGGCUGGGAAGCCAGGGCUUUGUGUAUGUGAUGGCCAACAAGCAGCCCUUGUGGAACGAGGCGACACAGGUGUAUCAGCUGGACUUUGGAGGACGGGUGACCCAAGAGUCUGCAAAAAACUUCCAGAUUGAGCUGGAAGGACGACAGGUAAUGCAGUUUGGAAGGAUUGAUGGCAAUGCUUACAUUUUGGACUUUCAGUAUCCGUUUUCUGCAGUACAGGCCUUUGCAGUUGCUCUGGCUAACGUGACUCAACGCCUCAAAUGAAAAGAACAGAGACUGGAGAGAGAAAAACGUUAACAGAACCUUCUCCUAAGGUCCGAACUGGAAAAUGUCAGGGCGGCCUGUUUUAGGUGCACAAAGGCGCCAGGGAGUGAAGAAGGCAGUAAAACUGGAAAAAUCUCUUGGUGCCCAAAAGAGGGCAUUAACUUUAGUCAUUAUUGGGGUGGGGGAGCUGUUUGGGUUGUUUUUUUGUGGUUUUUUUUUUAACAUUGUGCUGGGGUUUCAGAAAGAGCACCGGGUGAGAGCCAUUCAGUGUUAUAUUGGGAAAUGUGGCUUUUGGCUUGUUGUGGUGGUUCUGCUGUGUUUGCUGCAGUAGCUGACGUAAGCUCGUAGCGGGGUGAAAAAAGACAGCUCUCUCUGAUAGACUGCCUUAUAUCAUGCUGUUCUUUUUAAAACAGGGAACAUAACCUUUUUUCUGGUCCAGUUUGUACUAUUACAUCAGUGAUAGCAGGAAAAAAAAAAGCUAUAAUACUUGAAGACACAGGUUUCUUCUCUGAUCAUAGCUGAGCACUGCAGGUACCAAGGAGGUUUACAAAGGUAAAUAUUUAAUUUAUAAAUACUGAUGUAUUAUUCAGAAGAGAAACAAAACUGUUACCAUUGGAUGGUUUCAAAACACAUUUCAUCGAAGAAGUUUGUGUCUGCUUUUUGUGUGUGCUGUUACUUGGGAUAAAUGUGUUUCACUAGAUGAUGAAGAACAGAGGGAGGAGUUGUGAAAGUUGCAUAUGUAAAUGUAUAGGUAAGCAGUAUUCUUUGACUUGUACUACACGUGUGUAGUACAUGAUGCAGCCUGGUGUCGCACAUGGGCAAGGGCUACACCUGCUCCUGACUAAAAGAUGUUUACACAUUAAGAACAAAAUUGUUAAAAUAAAUAAAAUGGCCCAAUGAGUAAAAUUCUUCUAAAUCUAUGGUGAAUCAGAGCAUUGCUUUAAUUGGGAAAGAGAAAGGCAUGUGGUGACAGUAGGGGAUUUCUCAUCACUGCUGGUUGGAAAAAAGGGAGAAAAGGAAGAAAAUAUUGGAGAGUACCGCCCUUUUCACCGAUCUCCUAUUUGAGUACAGCAUUAUAGGUUGUAGUUUGAAUGGUUAACAGUCCAAAAACAGAACGGGAAGCCAAAAUUUAUAUAGCUGGUUAUGGCUUUUUAAUCAACUAUAUACAGUAACAAGACUGUUUCUAACUACAAAUCUGUCUUAUAGAAGUCAAAGCCUGCGUUAGGUGUUUCAAUGGGUUGCUUUAGUAAAGAGAGAUUCUGUUUAUUGCUCUAGUGCCCGCUCUCUCUCACACACACACACAUGCACACCCAUUUCUCUGUUGAAUACGGUUUGUUUUGGAAAUGCUUCCCUGGUAUCAUAUGAAAACCCUGAUCAUUCAUUAAAUUAAAUCCACAGUAGGUUGCAAAAUGUAACUGUAGAUUUCCUUUAAAAAUACUCUUUCAAAUCAGAACACAUUUAGAAAGAUGGGGUGGCGGCUGGUUUAUCUCUGUCUGUAAACCUUAGUUUUACUCCUUACUAGGAAACCCUUUAUAACUUUGUUUGAAACACAAACCAUACACCAAGAGAGUAAAAUACAUCACUGUGAUUGUUUGAAAUGUCUGUCAAGGUAGGCUAAGCUAAGUAGUCUUGAUUCAUUGCAGGGAACCCAUUGGGGGCCCAGGACUCCCAGUGGAGGAAGGGAUGCAGCAGAUCCCUGGCUCCAACCUCCACUGGGGACCCUGAAACCAGACAACACAGGGUAGGUAAUGCUGGCAAGAUACAGGUUUUGAGAAGGAUAUCUAGGGAUGUGCUGAUUCAGAUGAUUUCCCAGGCAACCUCCAACAGUGUGGCCCCAGAAAGACCCACCUGCAAGAUAAUGCUGCUCUUCUGUCAUGGAAGGAUGGUGGUAUAAUCCUUGUAUCCCUGGGGAGGAUGGUGGUAUAAUCCCUGUAUCGUCUUGGGGCUCAGCAGUCUCUGCUUACACAUGGGAGUGGAUCAAGCCCAAUAUUUCCCUUGGCAUUAACUCUUCUAUUUGCUUUUAUGUAUUUACUUUUGUUGAAACUCCAUCAAUUAGGUGUAUAUCUUUCUGUUACAAAGGAACCCCACCCCCACCUCCGCAGUUAUUUAAUAGCUGAUUUUAGUGACAGCUUCUGGAGUGUGUGUGGAGAAGAAGGAGGUAGACUGAUCAAAUGGGCUUGGUCCUGCUGACUUUGAAAUUAGUGGGAGUUUGUCAUCGACUUCAGUGGGAGCAAGAUUGGGCCCAAAGUCAGUGAAGAAUUACGUGCUGUUUAGGCAACAGGCUUAUUCCCUACUCACAUGAUUUCAAUGGCACUACCCAUAUGAGUGAGGAUUGCGGGGCUUGACCCAAUGGUGCUUCUGAAGAGAUCCUAAUCGCUCUAAUGAAUCCCAUAAGCAACUCAUAAGCAGUAUUGGAAUAUUGAGAAGGGUGCACUGAACACGUUGAGGCCAAAAGCAUAUUGAUUCAUUUCUUCUUUUAGGAGGAAAGGUGUUCUGUUGCUUUUUAGAAAUAAUCCUCUUAAAGAGACAUUGUCAACUAGUUUUAGGCCAAGAAUGCAGAUUUAAUGGAAUUAAGUAUGUUUGUACGUUUGUGCUCAACGUACCUCAUCUAAACAGAACUGUUUUCAUACUGCUGUUUUCUUUAACUUUCCAGGCAAAGGUUUGUCGUCUUUUUUUGAACAUUCCCAUGCAGUAUUAUGAACCAAAUUAACAGCAGCAAUGUGCAAAUGCAGGAAAACCAGAAAGCAAAUGUGGCGAAAACUUAAGUGAAACCUGCCAGUCUAGUUUUAUUAUCCAGGAUCCAUUGGUAUUUGGUUCUGGUAGCACACAGGGUCUUGGAGCUUUCCAGACAUAGAAGAAGGCCUUGUUCCCACCUCCGGAAGCACAAAAACAAACACCACAAAUGGUGAAAAUGGUGAUUUCUAACGUUCGUUCUGUUUUUAUGUUAUACGGUCUUUAUAAGGUAAAGAGUUUUUCUUCUGUAAGUGUGUUGACAGUGUCCCUCUAAGGCAACAAUUUAAUGGCAUAAAGACUACCUAGUGUUAGGGACAGAUUCUGCCCUCAGUUAAGUAUACACAAUUCCUGCUGAAGUCAACUGAGUUGUGUAUAUGUACAACUGGUUCCUAAAUUAUGAGUGUACAGUUGCAUCCUAAACUAUGAAGACAGCAGGUCAUAAUGAUCAUUCUCCUUUUUUUUCUUUGUAUGUUGAGAGAAAAUUUAAGAAACAACUUUAAAAGCCCUCCAAACUAACUUCCACUAGAAUGAUUUUAAUCAUGAAGAUUGUUGUUGCGUUCAAGCCAAAACACUAAUUGUACAUUUUAUAUUUAAGUGUUACAACUUAGUUUUUGUGUAGACAAUUGUAAGUUCUUCUAGGAAGAAAAUAGCAACGUGUUCUGAAUUACCUAAUUCUUUUAUACAUACAAUAGUUUCCAGUAGUUCAAUAUGGUUUUCAAAAGCUUUCUUUUUUAGUUGUGCAAUAAUUGUUAAGCCAAGGGGCUUAUGUUUUGUUUUUUGAGGGGUUGAGUUAUUUUUUAAAGAUAAUUUAAUGCAAAUUUCCUGUUAAUGUCUGAGUCAAAUUAUUUAUCUUGCUUAAUGUAAUAAGUGAUUUAGGGUUUAUUUUAUUAUUAUGUACCCAUGAGUUAUACACUCUUUCUUAUUUAUAUGAAAAGAGGAUCUUUGUAAUUGUUUGUUUGCUAGCGAUAUGUUUUGCUGCAAGAAAUUGUUUAAGAAUGUGUAUAGGACUUUUUUUGCUGGACAGUAUUCAACAUUUUAUAAUGUAGGGAAGAAUCUUGUUUAUCAGGCAGUUGGAAAAAGUAGAUAUGCUACUGGGGAUUCUGUAGAUUACAUAUAGUGUAGAUUUUUGGUGGUGGGGGGACCUGCAGAAAUCUGUCCUCUAUACUGUGUAUUUUCCCAUUAUGUUUUAACUGGCUUUUUCAGUCACAGAGAUGGUUUAAAAAACACAAAUCAUGAUUUGCUUUUUUUUCUUAGAGCUAGCCUUGGUUUUGAGGUACAGAACAGAGGAGGGUUCAUGGAUAAAAUAAGUGUUUUAUAUAUGGCUCACUUUGGGUGACAUUCAUCUCUGUGCAGAGGGCUAAUAUGCAUCACUGAAAUCCUAUUUAAGGGGCCAGAUUACCUGUUGUGGUCAAGUUCUGCUCCUGUUACAGCUCCCUGAUUCUGAGGCUAAUCUGAGCUGACCCAUAGCCCUGGGAAUGCUUAGAGUAGCUGAGAAGCUUUAAUUGGCCCUGCAGUGGAGGAUAGGCAGGGCGGAGCACCAUUCCACCAUGUGCCUAUCUCUCCGACAUGCCUCCUGCUCCAAGAGUCGAGAGAGCAGCUGGUGCGGGACUUGGCUGCAGCAGCUUUACACCAGCAGUGACAUCCACUAUGCCAGGGGAUUUCCCUGCUGGCUGAUUUGCAGCCAGAAUCCAUCCCCAUUGCACUGCCUGAGUGGCACAAAGGGGCCAGAUUUCAUUUGACAAUCUGGCUCUAGCCCUCAAAAUGUGGUUUAAGUGGGUCC